GAGGAGCCAUGCGUGCUUCGGUAUUACGUCAGCCAUUGGAAUUAUCUCGAAUUCGGUUCACACUUGCGAAGCAGCCAGUGGCUCUACAUCGAUCGCGGCCAGUAUUCACGGUCGGACGACGGUCAAACAAGCUUCGAUUUUCCUGUGUGACAGGAGCGCUCGACUAGACAAUUAAACAAAUAUGGGUGUUCCGGCAGGCGAUCCAGAGAAAGGAAAGAAGCUUUUCAUCCAAAGAUGCGCACAGUGCCAUACUGUCGAAGCAGGUGGCAAGCACAAAGUAGGUCCCAAUUUGCAUGGACUCAUAGGUAGGAAAACUGGUCAAGCUGCAGGUUACUUAUAUACUGAUGCCAACAAAGCGAAAGGUAUCACUUGGGGUAAGGAUACGCUAUUCGAGUACCUGGAAAACCCAAAGAAAUACAUUCCCGGCACGAAAAUGGUGUUUGCCGGAUUGAAGAAGCCGCAGGAUCGGGGUGAUCUUAUCGCUUAUCUCGAACAAGCGUGCAAAUAGGUGCCCUAUCCCUUUUCUCGCGUGCAUGCCAUCGAUCGUGAAAAUUGCGACGAACGCGAGCGAGCGAGCGCGAAAUGCCAGGCAUGGCACGUGGCGCGAUAUUAGUACGAUUAUCAUCUCAUCCAAACCCGUCAUCUCACUCGUGUUCAUCUCAUGGACUCUCCUCUCGAUGGUAUUCAGAGCGUUUGCAAUACCUGAUCGAAUAGUAAUGAAUUGUUAUUGUAAUUGUUGAUAUAAGUAGGUACUUCAAGUAUGUAAAUUAAUGACACAGGGGUUCAGUACUGACCCUGCUUUUUUCUGUUUCUUCACCGAAGAGAUAUUAUCAGGAAAGCUAAUUCUCGCGCCAUGCGAUUGGUUGAGCCAUUCUUUCGCAUCCCGGGGAUUUUCUGUGUCCCUAACUAUUUAUUCUCACCAACUGAUUGUAUCAUUCAGCGAGUGUUGAUAUGUAAAUCAAAGGCAGAAUACAAACUAGGCAAUUGAAAAUUUAUAAUUGUGUCUUUUUUUGUCCGCCAGAUUAUUUUAAACGUUUAGAACAAAUAUGAGGGUUUACGAGACACCUAGCCGUCAUUGAUAUGUUAUGAUUUUUAAAUGUCGAUUAAACAAAAGUUGAAAGUUGA